AUGUAAUUACAAUUCACGAAAAAAUUUAUUCAUCCGGAUCGUGUAAAGAUAAUUACUGAUAAAAUUGAUAAAAAUCCUUGGCAAGAAGUUCAAAAAUGCAUUGAUAUAAUAAGAAAUAAUGCUAAGAAUAAUGCGAAAUUAAAUCAAGAGUCAAAGAAAGUGCUAAACAUUAUCUACUAUGCAGGACAUGGAGUGAUAAACUAGCGCAGAGAGACCUUUGGAGUAAUACCCUAUCAUUAUAAAAUUCAUAAAAAAGCUGGUAAUAAAGACGCAAGGAAGGGAGUGAGAUACUUCAAUUUUUCAGAUUUACAUAAUGAAAUGGCCAAGUAUGUAAAUUCUGUUACAGUUAUAAUACUGGAUUGCUGCAGAAAGUAAUUAAAGGAAUUAUAUCCUAAGCUAAAAAUUGGAAGAAGUGUUCCAAAUUCAUUACCAGGCAUUUCAUAUUUAAUUUAAGCAGUAUAUGAAGAUUAAUCAGCUCGUGCAGGGCCAAAAGGUGGCAUUUUUACAUAAUAAUUACUUAAACUAAUACAAGAGAAGAGGAAAUAAGGAGUAUAUAGCCAAAAGAUUUUUAAUUCCUUAGAUAAUCGCGUUCUGACUACAUCAAAAAUUUCAACUGAAAAAUUCGGUUACUAUAAUAUCUUUGGACCACGAGUUAAAGGUGCAAGUAUUAUUAAAUAAAAUGAUGAUUUCAAAAGUAAAGAUUCAUCCAAUACUUCAAUUAAAAGUUCAGAUGAUUCUAUAACUUAAAUUGAUUAACGUAGCUUAUCAUGGACCUUGAGCACAUGCUUAAAACAUUUUUUCCAUAAUAACAAAUCAAUAUCAUAAAUGCUCAAUCUUAAACCUAAUCCUAAUAUUGAUAAAUUAAUUUAAAUCCCUGAUUGCUUUGGAUCCUUUGUUACUUUAAAGUAGUUCGAAUCAAAUUCAUCUGAAUUCACAUUGUUCCUUUUUAGAAAUGAACCAUACUUUUCAGAGAAUUAAAAUAAUAAAUAGGAAAAUCAAAAACCAAAAUUCAAUUAGAUCAUAAUCGCUUAGAUUAAAAAUCCUGCUGAAGAAUUGAAUAUUUUGCUAAAGAGUAAUUUGAAAUUUAACACUGACUACCCGGCAAUAGCGAGAAUUGAUCAUUAAAUUUUUAUUGCUGGAGGUUAUUUUAAAGGUUUGUGGAUGCAAUCACUACAUAGUUUUGGCCUAGAUUCAACUUAUAAAAAACCAAUUUUUUUGACUCAAUUUGAAAAUUCCUUGAAAACUCCAACUAUGCUUUGCAAUAAAGUAUAAUCCUCAGAGAUAAAUAAAGGAGGAUUGUAAUUUUUCUAUUUGGGUCAAGCUGAUAAAUUCACUAAAAUGAACUACUAUUUUGAGUCAUAUCCAUAUUCAGAUGAAAUAAGUUAAGAUAACAUUUUAGAAUAAAAUAAAUAUGCCUAUUUAAAUACUGAUUCAAUUAACAGGCAACUUGAGGAUUUCAAUUACAAUUAUUCAUACCCAGCUAUGUUUAUUUACAAUCAAGAAUAUCUAGUAUUAUUUGGAGGUAUUGACGUAUUUACUCGGAAAAUUACUAAUAGAUUACUAUUAAUUGACAUAAAAGAUUUAAAGAACCCUACAGUUUAAAAAAUAAGUUAAGUGUAUUCAGAUGGUUAGAAUCAUAAAGAUUACUUCUAAAGCAAUCAAGUAUCUCAAUUUAAUAAUACAUUCAGCAUGAGAGGAGAACAUGGAAUUUAUGAUGCCAAAAUCAAAGGACUAUCAUAUAAUACAAUAACUAUUAAAGUUAAGAAAAUAUUGAAAUUUUGA